AUGGCGCAAAAUCUUUUCGUGGCGGAAGGCGUUGAAAUCCUGCGGCAGUGCGAGACCGAAGAACACGAGUUGGAUCAGAUAAGAUCGCGAAUCAAAGGCGGCAGGGGUAGUGGAGAGAGGCUUGUUUUUAUCGCCCAAAGAUACCACAAACUGCUACAAAACUGUGUUCAAGGGAUGGAAAUUCUAAACCACGUCCGACAUACCGCACUUGACGAAGCGAAUACACAACAUAACCCUAAUAGUCGAAAGUUGAGUGAAUUUUGUUCUCAAAAAAUCCUGGAAUUCCUGAAACGAUGCAAAACGAUCACCAACACGCUCGAUAGCCUUUCCUUUCCUCUCAGCCAUGUGGAGGCGGUGAGGCUCGAGGGGUACGUUUUGGAGCGCCCCCUUUUGGUUCAUGAGGGCAAACGCUACCCCCUCAAAGGAUCAGAAAAAAUGAUCGCGAGGGAGUUUCACCUCUCCGAUGGCACCUACCUCAUAAUAAUUAAAAACCUCGACGAUUACACCUUCGCACCGCCGGACGUGCACGUGGAGCUCGCCCUCAGUCUUCCAAGCGAGGUGGAUUCGGAAAUGUGGAAAUUCAACUUCACCCUCAGUUGCGGUUGUGCGUGGCGGAAGUCGGUUGGGGUGGUGGGUUUGGAUACGCUGCUCACGGUGAAGAUACGCUCCUCCGGGAUGCGCGAAUCGCAUAUCGAUUUUCGGCUGGAAAAGUGGAAACCGGCGGAACAAGGGCCCACCGCCCCGACGGGAGCUCCUCUUUCUGCGAUGAAUCUCCCAGAAACUGGAAAAGAUGAAGGGAAAGGCGGAGGAGAGGGUGGAAAACGGGCUGAGGAAGCGUCGGAGGUCCUCGGGAAGUCUCCUUCCAAGGAAAUAUCAGGGAAUCGUUGGAUAGAGGAGCUUCCCCCGCUCCCCGAUAACGAAUUGGAAGCGUUGGCGGCUUUUAACGUGCCUCAGGCGGAGCUCCCCCCGCGUGGUGGCGUUCCCUCCGCGCCUCCCUUGGAUCCUUCUCUGUCUUCUUCUUCUUUGGCCCCUUUGACGCCGCCCUCCAGGGCGCAAAAUCCGUGGGCGAUGUUGGAAAAAUUGAGCGUUCCGCAUGGAGAGAAGGGGGUGGCGACGGAGGUGCCCGCUCCGGUGGAAGUUCGCCCGCGCGGGCGGACUUGUCGGGAGCGGAUGCGGCUGCUUCGCGGGAUGUUAAACGCGUGGCCGUCGGAAGGGGUGACGAGGGGGAACCUCCCGACGAGCAGCCAGCGGCUGUUGAACGCGGUUUACACGCUUCCCCUCCCGACAGAGAUUGAGUGA